UAAACUCGUGUUGUCUUCCAGAAUAUGCUAAAAUCUGGCGUAGAUAUCGGAAAAGCCAACAAAGUAGUGUUUAGCCGAAUGUCCAUUUUGACCAAUCAGAGAAAAGGUUAUAAGUCAAGCGGGAAUCAUUCAAAAUGGCGGAUGGUCAAGAAAACGUCCCUGGAAACCGGGACCAAGGGGACGGCAGAAUUAUGGACCUGAGCAGACGGGGCCUGUCCAGAAUUGAGCUGCCCCCUGGUGCGGCGCCUGUAGCACUUAUACUGGACAAGAACAACAUCAGCAGGAUAGACAACCUGCAGACACAGGACCAGAUUCAGCAGCUGUCUAUAGCAGGAAACAGGCUAGUGCGGAUGGUCGGGGUUUCCCAGCUGCCGUAUCUCCGAGUUCUCAACCUGCCCAACAACAGUAUCGUCACCAUCGAGGGAGUCAAGCAGCUACAGCAGCUGGAGUGGCUGAACCUGUCAGGAAACAGUAUCAAGGACCUGACCCCCCUGUCCUCCUGUAUGGGACUGUCCCACCUGGACGUGUCAGACAACAGCAUCUCCAGCAUAGCAGACCUCUCCAGGCUUACUGGACUCAAGACAUUACUCCUACAUGGAAACAUCCUGACAACGUUACGGUCCGUGCCCUCCAACCUCCCUUCCUACAUCAACAUUCUCUCCCUGGCUGAGAACGAGAUCAGUGACCUCAAUGAGGUGUCGUACCUGCUGUGCCUGCGUCAUCUGGAGCAGCUGUCAAUCAUGAACAACCCCUGCGUGCUGAUAUCAGCCAUCCUGCCUCAGUUUGAGUAUCGUCCCUUCAUCAUCAACUGGUGCCUGACACUACAGAUUCUGGAUGGACAGCCCAUCUCACGGACAGAGAGUCUGAAAGCAGAGUGGCUGUACAGCCAGGGGAGGGGCAGACACUUCCAGCCAGGCCAGCAGGCAGAGUUAGCAGAGUACCUGUCCACAGUGUGUCCUCCCAGUGCUCAGUCACAGUUCCUGUAUGAUGACAGCAAGCUGCAGAAGGUUUUAUCCAAGCAGCAGCUGCACCAGCACCAGCUGCAGCACCCGCAGCUCAGGCCACAGUCUCAGCCUGCACGGCCGGCCAAUCAGAGCUCUCCUAGGGGUCAGAGGGCACAACCAGCCAACCAGAGUCCUCCUAGGGGUCAGGGGAGGCCAAGGACAUCACCACAAUCACCUGAGAGGCCAGGUGCUGGGUACAGUCUGUACUCCCCUCCCAGGUCAAGGUCUCCCACUGCUAAAACAAGAUCUCCACCCAGACGAGAGCUGAGCCCAGGUCAGCCGAGGACAGCGUGGGAGAGUUACAGCAGCAUGCUGUCCAGCCGAGGGGCAGCACAGCUGUACAGGCAAAAUGGUGCCAUCAACGGAGACAUCAGGGUUCAGGAUAUUGAAGCUGGUAGGUAA